AAAUCCACUCUAAAGCUGAGCGCAUAUCAAACAACAUUAUAUCAUCUAUCUCUUCAUCUCCAAAAUGGUUCUCCCCUUAGGUCUACUCACGGCCGCACAAGGUCACCCAAUGCUGGUUGAGCUUAAGGAUGGCGAAACUUUGAACGGUCAUUUGGUAUCAUGCGAUACGUGGAUGAAUCUGACUUUAAAGGAGGUAGUUCAAACGAGUCCGGAUGGCGAUAAAUUCACAAGGUUACCAGAAAUAUAUGUUAAAGGAAACAAUAUCAAAUAUCUACGAAUGCCAGAUGAAAUUAUCGAUUUAGUAAAGGAUCAACAACAAGGACAACAAAACAACUACAGAGGUCGCGGAGGUAAUAGGGGCGACAGAGGUGGUGAUAGAGGUCGUGGUGGUAGAGGUGGAAGAGGAAGAGGAAGAGGAGGGAGAGGAGCUUGAAACAUUGAGGACUGGAGUAAUGAGCUGAAAUUGGACUCGAAGAAGCUACAUAAUGGCACGUAUAACAUACACAAAGUGCAGAGGGGCGGCUACAUUCUUCUUUAUGGACAUCGAAGGAUUUCGAUAUAUGCGGCAGAUUUGCCUUGAAAUGAUGCAGGCAGGUAUACUGGGCAUAUGAUAGGUUCAUAUUGGAUGUGAGAAAUCGUUGAGGCACAUAUACAUAUGUCUCAGCAGAGUCUCAGCAGAGUCUCAAACCAUCACAUAUUUCGAGAUCAUAGCCCACAACAACAAAAACGACAAUUUCCCCCCGUGUUUUCCUCUUGAACGUCCUUCAUGGCAAAUUAAAAUUACCCCUGUCGUUCGUAUGAAUCCCGCUCAAC